UGCACGUCAUUGCAUAGAAUUCCCGAAAACGUGUAUGGAAAAUCCAUUUGGGGAAAUUUGGUGACACAUACUUCUGUUGACUUGAUCUUACAAAUCAAAUAGUGCCACGCCCAACCAGCAGAGAUUCAAAUAUCAAUAGACCGGUGCAUGAAAUCACGUGAUCGUAUAACGCCAACCGUCUUCACCUACUCUGUAUUGACACGGCCUGGCUUAAAAAACAACGCUACAGAUCUUUGGGCACAGGGCUUUACAGUACACUCUCUACCUUGACAUGGCGUACAAGAGAACUUUAAAAACUUGUAGUGUUGUUACAAAUGGCGUGCUUCUCCUGAUGUUGGUAGUUUACUUUAAUGUACAGGCUGGACAAGCCAAAAAGGUGGACACCACAUUUGAUCUGAGAUCGAUGUCAGUUGAACAAGCCUUGACUAGAGUCAGACAAACAUUGCAGGCCUUUGAGACACUGAGUGAGCAGUCAGGUCCAGUGGAUGUGACGUUUAUCACAGGAACUGGCAAGAAGAUUCAACCUGCAGUUUAUGACCAACUGGACAAAAAAGGUUAUAGAGUCAAAUGGAACAUGAAAGAAGGCAGUGUGAUUGUAUCUGUAGAGGGAAAUAAAAGAACAAAGACGGAUCUUUAAAACGUUUAAUAUUAUCAUGUUAACUAUCUUCAUUUUAUGAUUUGUGUAUAUGUCUUUGCCAAGUUUUAUGAUUAUGUACUAAUUGUUGGUUAUUAAAUUAUCAUAAUUGCUAAGAUACAUGGAGUGAAUAAAAAAAU